AUGGCACGCAAUAUCCGCCAGCAGGCGCUGCAGAAGAUUGCUCUACUUUCGGCCACGAGUUCCACCAUCUCCUUUGACAAAUCCGACCUCGAUCGACUAUGUAGAGCUACAAACAUCCGUGGGAGGGGGAAAGAAGGUGCCAAUGGCUCAGCUAGGGGUUAUCCAUCCUCAUUGGCUCGUGUUCCUAUGACUAUACGUGAAUUUGAAGUACUCGUUUCCCUCUGCAAAGCCGCACCGAUGGUCCAGAGCGGCCAAAGUGCUCAGAAGCUAGCUAGCCAAUUGAUACCCUACAUCCUCGAGGCACAUGCUCAGACUUUUCUCCCCUCGCCCGCUUUCAGCAAGAUCGAACCGUCCCCUAUCGAGGCCUUAGCCUCACACGUCACCGCCGCUCUACUCUCGUUAGGGAACAACUACGAUGACUUACAUGAGACCGUGUCUGACAAUAUUUGGGCUCUCCUGGCUGCAAUGUCUACGACUGUAAAGGGCACAGUUCCACUGAAACUAAACGGAGAUGCUCAACCAAAUUUAGAUGAUGCCAUCCAUAUUGCAACUGUGGCUAUUUCUUUGCUGGGUUUUCUUGAUGCUGCUUCUGCUCAGGCUAAUUUCUGGAGGAGUGGUGGAAGAUUGGCUCUUAUUAGGAAGAUCAGCAACCUGCUUUCCGAAUCUUUCUUAACUGCCGUCGAUGCUGCAUUUUCUACUAUUCGGAACGCCCAUAUAUCGGACCGUAACGCUAAGGACUGGAAGAGAAUCCUCCGUCAUUACGCUAACCAGGGACGACCUUUAGGUUCUAUGCUGCUUCAGAGGAGCUUCAUGUGGCUCUUAGUCUCUGCUACUUCGCUUUUAAUCGCGGAUGUCAAGCUUCUCAGAACCUCUCAUAUCCUCGAUUUAUUCAUGUCUAAGGAUGGCAUGUCAAAGCUAGGCUCUACAAGUAGUCCGGAUCCCGAUUUUCAGUCAAUUGAGCUAUAUGCGAGCAUCGCGCAGGAGGAGAUGGACCGCCUCGAAGCAAGUGCUGAUUUCAUUGAGCUCGGUUCAUCCGCCCAGCAGAGAUUAGCUUGUGCUGUCAAAGCUGCCGUGGUCAUUAGUUACUUGAACUGCUCUAUAUUGCACGAGGAUGCGGCGGACUCUGAGCUUCUCAUGGGCUGGCUACAGGAGUCUUUGGAUAAUCCAAUGCAAAUGGCAGACGAGACGUUGGCAUCAACUGUGUUUCGUUCGAUGGCUAUACUUUCUAAAAUCUCGCCGAACUUUGCUCCUACUGUGGUUCGACUACUGCCGCGUUUUAUCGUGCGGACUACGCCCUCUAGCGGUAUCGUUGCUACUGCGUCAAAGUCAUUGGCUUUUACUUUACGUCUACUAUCCCAAGAUGCGGUUAUUACCACGCUAUACACCCUUGGAAAUGUGCUAAGCCCAGAUGCGGAUCAUAAUGCUCCAAAUGGAUCUGCUGGCGAGUUCGGUGGGUUGACAAGCGUGUACCAAAGCAGACAAUCGACGGGUAGUGAUAUAUCGCUCCAACUUCAUGGGGACGAAGACACUACAUUGGUAUACGCGAAUAUCGUCCAAGCGAUAUGCAGCAUUGCAGAAAUGUGCGAUGAUGAAAAGAUCACAGCUCUCGCACAGGCAAUGCUCUUGCAAAAGUUAACCAAGGUCAAUCAGUCGGUCGACUGCCACAUCGUUGUUGGAGCAAGUGUCCUGUCUCUAAAUGGAGGGCAGCUGGAGUUCAGAUCUCUUCUUAGAUUGUAUUCUAAGCUCUGUCAUAAUGCGUGUGCUGAAGAUAACGCUAUCAUUCUUGAUGCCGUUAAGAAAGCUCGAAAUUACAUAUCGGAGAAUGUGAAGCAUGAUUCUCCGCUAUAUGACAUCUACUGGGACCAAAUACUGGAGGAAUUGAUCUCCAAGGGAGAUAUACACCAGUCUCAGCAUAUGAAGGAAUCUGACGUCGAGUUUGCAGCCCGCGAAAUUGCUCAGCUCCUCCAACCCCUUGCAAUCCUAAUGUCGAGGCAUGAACUUACCACCGAGCUUCCCGGCCAAGAUGAUGAUAGACAUUCUCUCAUUCGAGAUGUCUGGUUUAAUAUUGUGGUACAUGGCUUUACGUCUCUGACAGAUAGGGGCAAGGAGUAUAUUAACGAACUGCGCAUCAUGGCUAUCCACUCACCACCCCUAGUGGCCGAACAACGAGGGGAACAGGUUGAGAGUGACAUCGAGCUCAACACUGUCCUUCGUCGAGCCAACACUUCAGAUCGGGAGGCAAAACAAAAGAGGCAGCUUACAGAACUCGUGCCCUCGAGAAUCGCACAGAUAAAGAGCCUGAGUUACAGGAAAGUUAUGUUCUUGCAUGCCGCGUAUUUGGUUGAAAGUUUGAGGGCUGAUUCCGGAGAUUGUACCAAGACCCUCUCGUACUUCUUGGAACCUAGCAUGCGCAAUGAAGAUAUACGCGGUGUUAUGGAAGGUAUUACGACUGUUGUGAUGGAGAGAUAUUUGUCAAAGACUCUGGAAGCAAAGCUGCCGACUUUUUCAGCCCUCUAUGCGGCUUCUCAACUCGCGGCAAUUUUCUGCGGGUGUUGUCACCGUAUUCAACGUGUUCAGCAAUCUGCGUUCUAUUGCGCUGACAAGUUCAUUCGUGAGAUUCCGUCAUCUCUCUGUCAAAAAUCGUCGCUUUUUGCUCUCCUCGAGCUAUUGUCUCUUAUGUGGAUAAGUUGCCUCGAAGCUGAGACAGAAAUGUAUGAUCCACGGUCGGUGUUCACAUCUCGCUUGGGAAACGUCACUGUCGAACUUUCCGACGACUAUACUUUCAGAAAGGCUACGCUUAAUAAUCUCUACAUGAAAGCUAAAUCGUGGGUCUCAAUGGCAGUCAAUCUAGCUCCUUCUGAUGUGAAGGGCUUGCUUCAGACCUACUUGUCCGAGUUUGAAGACGAGGGAGCGUAUGGGCAUAUGUCGCUUGGCCGGUCCUUUGCCGUGGAAAUGGGCUCCUCAAUUCCGGCAACGGAUCAGAGAUUAACUUCUCUGGACCCUGUUGGCCAGACCGCAAUAAACACGGCAUCUCAUUUUGUUGCUCAGUACACAACCCGUCAGGAAUAUAGGUACGGCGAAGCACUACCCAGCCAUAGCAAAGAUUUAAUAAGUUCCAUGCCCAUGACGCGACGAGACUCGUUCAUUAGAUCUGCCCCAUCUGAUCGUGCUGACGCUGUUAUGGCGUUGGCCCACGUGGGAUCCCGUCUUACCGGCAAGAAGGUCACACCUCUCCACGACGUGAGAGAUAUCCUCCGACGAGCGGCAGCUCUACUCUGCCGCAGUGGGAGGGAUGAGAGUGCUAUUACACAUUACCUUGUCAGCAUUCCCUUCAAAAUAUUUACCAAAGAGUCCAUCAAUUUUGGUGUAUCUCUUUGGCUGGGCGUCAUAAACGAGAAUCCCAGGAUGGAGUCUCGAAUACUUGCUGAGAUCGCGCAACAAUGGGAAAUCGCCAUUCACAAUAAACUUGGGUUGUUCAACCCUACUCUGAUGCACCCGGAUCCGUUCUUCCUUAAAGAGGAAUUCGCUCCAAGCGAUAACGAAGGCCUUGCGAGGCGUCGGCAGCAGGUACAUAGUAUGCUUGCUCCGCAUACUCGUCUGAUACAAUUUUUUAGCAGCCACUUCAAUGCUACCCGACUGGGUAGCCCGGAUAUGCAUAGAAUCUUUAUCCGUAUGCUUGACUCGACACUCGAUGCUCUGAAGAACUCUAUCUCUCACCCAAUGGCCAGAGAGAUUCGCCUAAGAAUCGUUCUUUUUAGCUUAAGAGUGCUAAGAGUGAGCACCGCUGUCCGUCCAUUGGUUCAAUGGCGACUCAAAGACAAGAUUCUAUCAGCGGGAUUGAGUUGGUUCAAGUUCGCACCCAAAUGGUCCUUCGGCAGCAAUAUUCUUCAGUUGAAGACCGAAGUGCGCUUGAUUACUGAUGUCUUGAGUGCUCUCAAGACGGUCUCUUACGUCGGAGCCCAGGCCAUCGGCAACUUCAGGGCCCUUACCCAAAAGGAGACAUUGUUUCAAGUUCUGCUCGAGAGUGAACAGACUAGAUUAAAUGUUUGGGUUCACCCACUCGGCGAAAACCACCAACGGCCACAUCUAACGCACCGUACUGGGACGGCACUCGAAGUAGGUUUAUGGCCAUUUAAAUUAAUGAGGCAUAGAAAGCUAAUUCGCAAGUCUACACUCAAACCACUUGUUCGCUUAGCGUGGGCCGAACAUCCUUCUCUAGCAAUAGAGCUAGUCAGUCGAUUUUCGAUCCCAGCCGUGCAUAAUGAAGUUCGCUGGCUGUUGUUAAAUUUCCCGGCCAAGGCUAUCUCAGAUCCCGAGGCUCUCCCCAUACUAUUGGGAGGCGAACUACCAUCUGAUGUUGGAUUCCAGCUCAAGUACUUACUCUUCUGGGCUGCUGUAAAUCCCGUCACUGCUGUUACCUAUUUCUUGCCAUCCUAUCGAAACCAUCCGUUCUUGAUCCAGUAUGCUAUGAGAGCCCUGGAAUAUCACUCAGUCGAUGUAACAUUUUUCUAUGUACCACAAAUUGUACAAGGUCUUCGAUUUGAUGCUCUUGGUUACGUGGAGCGUUACAUUAUUGAAACAGCCCAGUUCUCUCAAUUGUUCGCCCAUCAGAUUAUCUGGAAUAUGAAGGCAAACUCCUAUAAAGACGACGACGCUAUGAUUCCCGAUGCCAUAAAGCCUGCUCUCGACAAAGUGAUGGAAAAGUUGAUCAACAGCUUUUCUGACGAGGACCGAAACUUUUACGAGAGAGAGUUUACGUUUUUUGACGAGGUCACCAGCAUAUCUGGCAAACUCAAGCCUUUAAUCAAGCGCGACAAACCGGAGAAGAAGCAAAAGAUCGAAGAAGAACUUCGAAAGAUUAAAGUUGAUGUUGGUGUUUACCUGCCCAGUAACCCUGAUGGCGUUGUCAUCGGCAUUGACCGUAAAUCUGGCAAACCGCUCCAAUCACACGCGAAGGCACCAUUCAUGGCUACAUUCCGCAUCCAAAAAGCGAAGGGUGGCAUGGAGGAAACAGAAGAAGUAGCCGAAGAGGUGAGCAAGACGGGCCAACCCCCGGCUGAGACUACAAUCGAGGUCUGGCAGAGCGCUAUCUUCAAGGUUGGCGAUGACUGUCGACAAGAUGUGUUAGCCUUGCAGAUGAUUGCGGCGUUCCGCGGUAUCUUCCAUAGCGUCGGGCUCGAUGUCUAUGUGUUCCCUUACCGUGUGACUGCUACUGCUCCAGGCUGUGGUGUUAUCGACGUGUUGCCAAACUCAAUUUCCCGAGAUAUGCUGGGCCGAGAAGCUGUCAACGGGCUAUAUGACUAUUUCAUCAGCAAAUACGGCAACGAAGAUUCGCUCCGCUUCCAGCAUGCGCGUAACAAUUUCGUAAAGAGCAUGGCCGCUUACAGCAUAAUAUCUUUCCUCCUGCAGUUCAAGGAUCGCCACAACGGUAAUAUCAUGAUCGACGACGCUGGCCAUAUUUUGCACAUUGACUUCGGGUUUUGUUUUGAUAUCGCUCCCGGUGGUGUGCGGUUCGAGCGUGCGCCCUUCAAGCUCACGGGUGAAAUGCUGGCUGUGAUGGGAGGCGGUACAGACCACCAGGCCUUCAAGUGGUUCGAGGAGCUGUGCGUGAAAUCUUUCUUGGCGUGCCGUCCGCAUGCAGAGAAGCUGAGCCAGAUCGUGUUACUCAUGAUGGAGAGCGGGCUGCCAUGCUUCAAGCCGGAGAGUGUCAAAUUCUUCAAAGAGCGGUUCGUAUUGGAGCGUACCGAGCGCGAGGCGGCCGACUUCGUGAGGGACCUGGUCAGGAGGAGUGCGGGCAGUUACAGUACCAUGGUGUACGACCAGUUCCAGCUCAUGACCAAUGGUAUUCCUUACUAG